AGAGACAGGGCAGAGAGACAGAGAGACAGAGACAGGGCAGAGAGACAGAGACAGGGCAGAGAGACAGAGAGACAGCAGAAAGACAGAGCAGAGAGACAGCAGAGUGAUCAGUGAUUGGAGUGAUCAGUGAUUGGAGUGAUCAGCCAUGGAGGAGGAGUUUGAGGAAAUCGACCGCGCAGGAAACUGGACAAAAAUCUUUAAUGAGAUCAAGGAGCAGAGCCGUGCCUUCCCCUACAAGGUGGCUAAGAGGCAGGAGAAUCGCCUGCGGAACCGGUACCGUGACGUCAGCCCCUACGACCACAGCCGCGUGCGUCUGGAGCAUGGCGUCAACGACUACAUCAACGCCAGCCUCAUGCACGUGGAGGCCGCUCAACGUAGAUACAUCCUCACACAGGGCCCCCUCCCCAGCACGUGCGGCCACUUCUGGCAGAUGGCGUGGGAGCAGCGCUCACGAGCUGUGGUGAUGCUGAACCGCCUCGUGGAGAAGGGAUCGGUGAAGUGUGCGCAGUAUUGGCCGUCUAGUGGUGAGCGUGAGGUGAGUUUCCCGGACGUGGCGCUCCGCCUCACCCUCCUGGGUGAGCAGGUCAAGGUGGACUACACACUCAGGCAGCUACAGCUACACAACCUCACAACAGGAGAGAGUCGCACAGCUCUGCACUUCCACUACACCACGUGGCCCGACUUUGGGGUGCCAGACUCGCCGGCCUCGUUCCUCAGCUUCCUGCAGGAAGUCCGCUCCAGUGGGGCCCUGGGGCCUUGCCACGGGCCCCAGGGCCCCACUAGAGGCCUCGGGCCUUGCCACGGGCCCAGCCUCGUGCACUGCAGCGCCGGCAUCGGGCGCUCCGGAACCUUCUGCCUGGUGGACACGUGCCUACUGCUGAUGGCCGGUGCCGGUGCCGACGGCGUCGCUGGUGGCGGCCGUGGUGGACCCAGGCCGGUGGACGUUCGUGCCGUGCUGCUGGAGAUGCGGAGGUGCCGAAUGGGGCUCAUACAAACGCCGGACCAGCUCCGAUUUUCUUACCUCGCCAUCAUCGAAGGCGCCAAGACCGUGAUGGCAGCCCCCGGCGGCGGCGGCGGCGGCGGUGCCGAAAUCGAGGAGCGGUGGAUGGAUCUGUCGAACGACGUUGGCGACGACGGUGAUGGUGGUGGUGGUGCGACAACGGUGAUGGUGGUGGUGGCCGAUGGUUGACCGACAACUCUCACCGGAUUGCCUCCGCCUGCGCCGCCGCGUCCGGAGCGUCGCCCGGCGCCAGAUCUCACCGCCUCCACCGCCACCACCACCUCCACCACCGCCACCCACCGCCUCCACCGCCACCUCCUCCUCCGUCAACUCCUCACCGUCUCCUCCGCCAUCGCCGCCGUCGUCGCCGCCGCCGGCGCCGGCGUUACGGUUCCGGCGCGUUGCCGGGACGACGGCCGUGCCGGCGUCGGUGUUGCCGGGGUGUCCGGAGGAGGAGGCAGCGGUGGCGGCAGCGGCGGCGGCGGUGGCGGUGGCCCCGGUGAACUUUGACGACGAGGAGGGGAAGGGGGAGGAGGAUGCCGGAUGGCAAAACUCGAGCCCGGCUCUCCGUGCGGCUCCUGACCGCCGUGCCCAGCGCCAGCGCCGUGAGUCUUCGCCGUGCGGCCAUGGCGGAGCGCCUGGACGCGAUGCGGCGUCCGGCAGCGCCUGGCCGAGCGGGCGGCCUCUCCCGGCGGCUCUCCCGGCGGCUCUGCCGGCGGCUCUCCCGCGUCACCGCGUGGUGGUGGCGCCGGCCUGCGGCGGUGGCACGGCGGGCGGGGCUGGCGGCCGGUGGUGGCCGGAGCCUUCCUGCUCGGGUGCCCUGUCGCUAGGCCUCUACGUCGGCUGCCGGGCCUACGUCUAGAGACGCACGCCGCCGGCACCGCACGCCAGCGUCGGCGGCGGCCAUGUUGCCGCCACCCCAUCGCCGCCCACCGCCACCCUCUCUGACCACCACCGCCGCCACCACCCGCCAUCACCGCCACCAUCGUCACCAUCGU